GUUCCGAGGGGAGAAAAGCUGAGAGGAGGAGCAGAAGGCCUCUGGAAGUCCCAGCAGUGGCACAAGCUACACCUUUGAGUUUCAGAAAGGGACUGUCAUAGCACCCAGGCUCUUAGAGGAAGUGGAGGCUGCCUCAGUUUCUCACACUCUGGAGUGCUGGCAGAGCCGCCUGAAGCCCAGCGCUGAGGCUGCACUUUUCUGAGGGCUUGACAUCAGGGUCUAUGUUUAAGUCUUAGCUCUUGCUUACAAAGACCACGGUAAUUCCUUCUCUGAAGCCCUCGCAGCCCCACAGCGCCCUCGCAGCCCCAGCCUGCCGCCUACUGCCCAGCAAUGCCCUCCAGCGGCCCCGGGGACAGCAGCAGCUCCUCUCUGGAGCGGGAGGAUGCUCGAAAGGAAGGAGAGGAACAGGAGGAGAACCGUGGCAAGGAAGAGCGCCAGGAGCCCAGUGCCACGGCCCGGAAGGUGGGGAGGCCUGGCCGGAAGCGCAAGCACCCACCGGUGGAAAGCAGUGACACCCCCAAGGACUCAGCGGUGACCACCAAGUCUCAGCCCAUGGCCCAGGACUCUGGCCCCUCAGAUCUGCUACCCAAUGGAGACUUGGAGAAGCGGAGUGAACCCCAACCUGAGGAGGGAAGCCCAGCUGCAGGGCAGAAGGGUGGGGCCCCAGCUGAAGGAGAGGGAACUGAGACCCCACCAGAAGCCUCCAGAGCUGUGGAGAAUGGCUGCUGUGUGACCAAGGAAGGCCGUGGAGCCUCUGCAGGAGAGGGCAAAGAACAGAAGCAGACCAACAUCGAAUCCAUGAAAAUGGAGGGCUCCCGGGGCCGACUGAGAGGUGGCUUGGGCUGGGAGUCCAGCCUCCGUCAGCGGCCCAUGCCAAGACUCACCUUCCAGGCAGGGGACCCCUACUACAUCAGCAAACGGAAACGGGAUGAGUGGCUGGCACGUUGGAAAAGGGAGGCUGAGAAGAAAGCCAAGGUAAUUGCAGUAAUGAAUGCUGUGGAAGAGAACCAGGCAUCUGGAGAGUCUCAGAAGGUGGAGGAGGCCAGCCCCCCUGCUGUGCAGCAGCCCACGGACCCUGCUUCUCCGACUGUGGCCACCACCCCUGAGCCAGUAGGAGGGGAUGCUGGGGACAAGAAUGCUACCAAAGCAGCCGACGAUGAGCCCGAGUAUGAGGAUGGCCGGGGCUUUGGCAUUGGAGAGCUGGUGUGGGGGAAACUUCGGGGCUUCUCCUGGUGGCCAGGCCGAAUUGUGUCUUGGUGGAUGACAGGCCGGAGCCGAGCAGCUGAAGGCACUCGCUGGGUCAUGUGGUUUGGAGAUGGCAAGUUCUCAGUGGUGUGUGUGGAGAAGCUCAUGCCGCUGAGCUCCUUCUGCAGUGCAUUCCACCAGGCCACCUACAACAAGCAGCCCAUGUACCGCAAAGCCAUCUAUGAAGUCCUCCAGGUGGCCAGCAGCCGUGCCGGGAAGCUGUUUCCAGCUUGCCAUGACAGUGAUGAAAGUGACAGUGGCAAGGCUGUGGAAGUGCAGAACAAGCAGAUGAUUGAAUGGGCCCUCGGUGGCUUCCAGCCCUCGGGUCCUAAGAGCCUGGAGCCACCAGAAGAAGAGAAGAAUCCUUACAAGGAAGUUUACACUGACAUGUGGGUGGAGCCUGAGGCAGCUGCUUACGCCCCACCCCCACCGGCCAAGAAACCCAGAAAGAGCACAACAGAGAAACCUAAGGUCAAGGAGAUCAUUGAUGAGCGCACAAGGGAGCGGCUCGUGUAUGAGGUUCGCCAGAAGUGCAGAAACAUCGAGGACAUUUGUAUCUCAUGUGGGAGCCUCAAUGUCACCCUGGAGCACCCACUCUUCAUUGGUGGCAUGUGCCAGAACUGUAAGAACUGCUUCUUGGAGUGUGCUUACCAGUAUGACGACGAUGGGUACCAGUCCUAUUGCACCAUCUGCUGUGGGGGGCGUGAAGUGCUCAUGUGUGGGAACAACAACUGCUGCAGGUGCUUUUGUGUCGAGUGUGUGGAUCUCUUGGUGGGGCCAGGAGCUGCCCAGGCAGCCAUUAAGGAAGACCCCUGGAACUGCUACAUGUGUGGGCAUAAGGGCACCUAUGGGCUGCUGCGAAGACGGGAAGACUGGCCUUCUCGACUCCAGAUGUUCUUUGCCAAUAACCAUGACCAGGAAUUUGACCCCCCAAAGGUUUACCCACCUGUGCCAGCUGAGAAGAGGAAGCCCAUCCGUGUGCUGUCUCUCUUUGAUGGGAUUGCUACAGGGCUCCUGGUGCUGAAGGACCUGGGCAUCCAAGUGGACCGCUACAUUGCCUCUGAGGUGUGUGAGGACUCCAUCACGGUGGGCAUGGUGCGGCACCAGGGAAAGAUCAUGUACGUCGGGGACGUCCGCAGCGUCACACAGAAGCAUAUCCAGGAGUGGGGCCCAUUCGACCUGGUGAUUGGAGGCAGUCCCUGCAAUGACCUCUCCAUCGUCAACCCUGCCCGCAAGGGACUUUACGAGGGUACUGGCCGCCUCUUCUUUGAGUUCUACCGCCUCCUGCAUGAUGCGCGGCCCAAGGAGGGAGAUGAUCGCCCCUUCUUCUGGCUCUUUGAGAAUGUGGUGGCCAUGGGCGUUAGUGACAAGAGGGACAUCUCGCGAUUUCUUGAGUCUAACCCCGUGAUGAUUGACGCCAAAGAAGUGUCUGCUGCACACAGGGCCCGUUACUUCUGGGGUAACCUUCCUGGCAUGAACAGGCCUUUGGCAUCCACUGUGAAUGAUAAGCUGGAGCUGCAAGAGUGUCUGGAGCACGGCAGAAUAGCCAAGUUCAGCAAAGUGAGGACCAUUACCACCAGGUCAAACUCUAUAAAGCAGGGCAAAGACCAGCAUUUCCCCGUCUUCAUGAACGAGAAGGAGGACAUCCUGUGGUGCACUGAAAUGGAAAGGGUGUUUGGCUUCCCCGUCCACUACACAGACGUCUCCAACAUGAGCCGCUUGGCGAGGCAGAGACUGCUGGGCCGAUCGUGGAGCGUGCCGGUCAUCCGCCACCUCUUCGCUCCGCUGAAGGAAUAUUUUGCUUGUGUGUAAGGGACAUGGGGGCAAACUGAAGUAGUGAUGAUAAAAAAAGUUAAACAAACAAACAAACAAAAAACAAAACAAAACAAUAAAACACCAAGAACGAGAGGACGGAGAAAAGUUCAGCACCCAGAAGAGAAAAAGGAAUUUAAAUCAAACCACAGAGGAGGAAACGCCGGAGGGCUUGGCCUUGCAAAAGGGUUGGACAUCAUCUCCUGAGUUUUCAAUGUUCACCUUCAGUCCUAUCUAAAAAGCAAAAUAGGCCCCUUCCCUUCUUCCCCUCCUGUCCUAGGAGGCGAACUUUUUGUUUUCUACUCUUUUUCAGAGGGGUUUUCUGUUUGUUUGGGUUUUUGUUUCUUGCUGUGACUGAAACAAGAGAGUUAUUGCAGCAAAAUCAGUAACAACAAAAAGUAGUAAUGCCUUGGAGAGGAAAGGGAGAGAGGGAAAAUUCUAUAAAAACUUAAAAUAUUGGUUUUUUUUUUUUUCCUUUUCUAUAUAUCUCUUUGGUUGUCUCUAGCCUGAUCAGAUAGGAGCACAAACAGGAAGAGAAUAGAGACCCUCGGAGGCAGUCUCCUCUCCCAGCCCCGAGCAGUCUCGACAAGCACCAUUCCUGGUCAUGCAAAACAGAACCCAACUAGCAGCAGGGCGCUGAGAACACCACACCAGACACUUUUCUACAGUAUUUCAGGUGCCUAACACACAGGAAACCUUGAAGAAAACCAGUUUCUAGAAGCCGCUGUUACCUCUUGUUUACAGUUUAUAUAUAUAUGAUAGAUAUGAGAUAUAUAUAUAUAUAAAAGGUACUGUUAACUACUGUACAUCCCGACUUCAUAAUGGUGCUUUCAAAACAGCGAGGUGAGCAAAGACAUCAGCUUCCGCCUGGCCCUCUGUGCAAAGGGUUUCAGCCCAGGUUGGGGAGAGGGGAACAGCUGGAGGGGGUUUUAACAAACUGAAGGAGGACCCAUAUCGCCCCCACCCCCGCCCCAUGCCUAGCUUCUCCUGCCAAAAAGGGGCUCAGCUGAGGUGGUCGAACCCUGGGGAAGCUGAGUGUGGAAUUUAUCCAGACUCGCGUGCAAUAACCUUAGAAUAUGAAUCUAAAAUGACUGCCUCAGAAAAAUGGCUUGAGAAAACAUUGUCCCUGAUUUUGAAUUCGUCAGCCACGUUGAAGGUCCCUUGUGGGAUCAGAAAUAGUCCAGAGUGAGGGAAAGUGACCCGCCAUUAACCCCACCUGGAGCAAAUAAAAAAACAUACAAAAUGUACUGGUGCUUUCUGUCUAAGUUGCCUUUUGUGUGUUCUUUUAUAAGGCCCCACCAUCCCCUCUGCACACGGCAGCUCCGGUCCUGGAAUGUGAUGUUUUUGGUCAUCUCUAAAGACUGCAGUUUCAUACUUGGGAGGCUGAUGACACCUUUAUUAUAAUUAUUCUUAUGGUUCUGGCUAUAAUUGUUUUAAGAUUUUCUUUCAGAAAACAAAAACCCAACACCCUUCCCUUUAGGUUUCAAACCAAGGUGCAGGGGGGUGGCAGGUGCUUUUUUAAGGACCAGUGGCUCUGGUGCCCUGGCUCCCACCCCUCAGGCCAGGUGAGCCACUGGGCAACAAGCUAGGCAGCCAGGGAGUUUGAGGCCCACCCUCCGGGCCAGUCACUCUUCUCUUCUUCCCUUCCUCGUGAGUCCGGUGUGUCAGGGCUGGAGGGAGGCCGGGGCAGCCUCCCUCCUUGUGUGUGUGUUUGGAGUGGCGUGUGUUUCUUUUCUAGUGUUUGCUCUGAUAGCUGUGCUCUUACCUUGAGUCAGCUUCACCUGGGGCCCAUGUGCUCGCACUUUGUUCUGCUUCCCACCCAGGGCGGGCAGCCUGGCAUUGGCACUGGGAAGGGAAGGUGUGGUGGCCCCAGGGUGAGGGCUUGCCUGGAUGGAUGGAGUGUAGAUAUGUGGCAUAUAGAGAUAUAUAUUUUAUAAUGGGAGGGGGGACGGCACCUCCUGGGACCAGCAGAGACUGGGAGGUGUGCUGUCAAGCACAUGGUCCCAAGACCGCAUCCCUAGAAAGAUGGGGCCUAUGAUAGGCCCUGUAUAAAUACAUAGAUAGGGUCAUGUAUAAGAAAUAUACACAGUGGGGGUUGGAGGGAGUGGGCUCUGUGUUGAGCCUGGGUCCUUCCCGCAGACAGCCCCACAAACAGUAUAUCAGUCUAACACAUGCACACCAGGGAGCCCCCAGCACACUUCUCUGCAGGAUCAGGACGAUGGAGUCGGCUACACAGCCCUCUCUCGUACAUCUGUUGCCCUUAUGACAGGUAGACUCGAUCCCAGAAGGUGCUAGGUGCUGAAGUCAGGAAAAGGAGGAGGUUUGAUCCAAGCAGGUGCUUCCUCUAGCAGCUCUGUGUUCUAUUCCCUUUGCCUCUGGUGAUGUCAGAUUCUUCUGUUAGCAGCCUGUGGUUACUGACCUGCAACUCUUGGCACCAGUCAAGUCAGCCCUCAGCUCCCCUACCUAUUCUUCCCAACCAAAGUCGAACUGAAAUCUGUCUUGGCCAUGGGUCUUCCAUUGGGAAAAUAAAAUGUUAAAAAAAAAAAAAAUUAAAAUGGGACAGUGAACCUCACUUUUGGAGUGAAGUAAAUCAGUAAUUAGUGCUAAAACUAGUCAGAGGCUUUGGCCCCUUGCUCACUGCUCGGGACUAAGCUUGGCUGGUGGCUUGGUACACGGCUUGGGCUGUUAGUCCUGCCAACCCCUGCUCAUUUUCUCUGCAUAGAGUUUUAAGGUCACAGCUAGUUUCCCCUGCCAUGGCAGGUAUGACUGUGGGGCUGGAGCAUCCAGGAGAGGGGGAUGCUUGCCCUCUUGGAGUCCCUGUACUAAAUGUAACGUCCUCCCUUGCUCCAGCAGGGCUCCAUUCUGACCUGGAGUCCACCAGCACCAUGCAGGAGGACUGGAGGGGAGGAAGGCUGCUUUAGGCAGUCCAAGGUGCUCCCUCCCCCUCUAGCAACGGUAAGGUCUUCCCAGCUCCUGUCAGGACUGUCUUCAAAGGCCAUCUCUUCCCAUCGCGUAUGUGACAAAGCUAGCCUUUCCCAGGAGCCUAGUGCCACCUCAGCUGGGCCUGGUGCUCCUGGGCCUGGGGUUACUGUGAGGGCUCAGGAGGAGGAGUUCCCAAGGGGCUGAGUAGAGGCUUCCAGGUGGCUGACCAGUACUGACCUGACGCGGUCCCUGAUGGACCCCUCAUGGGGCAUCGGGUGGCCUUCUCUAGCUUUCCUUCCAGCCCCAUCUGUGGGCUUAGUCUUACCAUAGUGUGUAGGCACCAGUCGAGUUAGCCCCCAAUAUCUUGGGGAGAGGUGUCUUUGGGACUGUGCCAAUUUGGCUAUUCAUCCAUCUCUACCCCAAGUGCAGCUUCUAGGGUCACCUCUGAGGAGAGCUGCUGGGAUGCUGUGGUAGCUGAGGGGAGGUUGUGGGGAGUUUGCAGUGCAUCUAGGAACUAGCUCACUGCAGGUGGGGUUGAAGCUGGAUUCAGUCAUGGGAGGUUCCCUGUGGGCUUUCCUUUCCAAAGACUAGGCUUGUUUUCCCUAGAAACUAAGGUGCUGGGGACUGGGUGACAGCCACCCCUCAGCAGGUGCCGUGUAAGUGUGAAGCCUCGUGCAGAAGAUCUGUGGCCCUUGCCCAGGGGAGGUAGCGGGUGCUAGCGCCAGGGUCACAGAACCAAGGCCUCCUGACGAGGCACACAUACCAGCAGGGUCCCAAGCUGGUGCUAAUUCCUCUCAUAGGACCCAGUAAGCCUGGGAGCCUGCAGUCGGCUGUUCUUUGCUGUGGAAUACCCUGUUAGAAACCUGAGGUCCCCUAAAGAGCCUCCUGGACCCAGUCACUUUUGUGGCCAGGCUGAGUAUGGCAGCAGGUAGAAAGAUCCACAGGCAUAAAGAUCCCUGUGGCUUUUGGCAAAUGACUGAAGUGUGGAUGCAGGAGCAAUGGGUGGAGGCCAACAUCAACAGCAUCCACCCUCCCCAAGAGUGUCUCUGUUCUGGGGAUGCUGUGGUCCUCACUUGCUGGCUUAGGAUUGGAGUUAGGCUGAGCCACUUUGAAGGAGUGUGCUUACAGGAAGAUACAAAUUGUUGGUUUCUCUAUUCUUUACUGUACAGUGUGUCCAGAGAGUAGAAGCAAAUUCCUAGGCCUGUCUGGUUGGUGCAGAGCUGUUAUGGCAGUACAAGGACUUCAGGAACUGUCACUGUAAGAGCCCUGGCUGUGAGCUGGGGCUGUGUGGCCAUUGCAGCUGAGUUUCCAAGCAGGCCUGCGUUUGGAUCUGAGUUUGGCGCUUGACUGCUCCCAGGGCUUGUGGUGCUGACUUGUUCACUUGGCAGAGAACAGCUGAAGCCUGUUACCCUGUGAGGAGGUGGAGUUAGUGGCCCUUUCCAAUUGAUCUGUCCCAUCCGGGUAGAAUCAGCACUAGGAGCAGUGCUGGGUCAGAAGUCCUAAGGAAAGGACUCGGGUUGAUCAGGGUCAUUGUGAGCUUGUGUGUUUGUGUGGAGAAAGCUGAGCUUUGAGAGGAAAAGCCUUGGCUUGCAGGCUUCCAAGACACAGCUAAGGUUGGCCUUUGGUUGGAGACAAGUCUCUAGCCCAGACACUGGAGUAGGCAUUGAGACCAAGAGGCAGGCCAAGAUGGACAUCUGUGGAAGGCCCUUUGCUGGUAGGGAGUCACAGCUUCUCUAGGGGACCCCAGAACUCUGUAACUGGCUCCCCUACUGGGACAAGCUCCAUUUGUGGGCUCAUAGAGUGGCCAUAGAGUGGGUUUAACCCAGCACCAAGCCUGAGGGCAUGAGCAGUGGUCUAAAGUCUCACAUAGUCCCAUUUUACAGACUAAUUUGAUUGCCCGGCCAUAGAAUUCUACAGAAACAACAAUCACUGAAAAGCUGAAUUCCUUAGAAUAUGCAGAGGGAGGAGAUGACUCAACACGGUGCUAAACACAUUUUAUUAAAAAUAUAUAUUGUUAAAUUAAGUCUGCUGUCUGGACAAUGACGUUCUGUUUUGUUUUCUUGUAGUGGAGUUUAAAAGAGACUAUUGUUUUACUCUGAUAUAUUAUUAUUAAAAAGGCAUUUUAACUUUGUACUUGAAAACUAAGUGAGCGAUUUCACGUGUUUUAGCUGAGACAUCGAAGUAGCGGGUGCUUACUUGUGGGAAAUCAUGUAUUCAUACUACAAAAUAAACUCCGUAGCUGAUUUGGUAAUAACUUUUACUGUUACAGACGAAUUCGCUUUGACCCCGGUGGCAGAGCGCUUUGACUCCACAUUCCACGCAGCUAAGUGCAGGACCUUCCAGAACCUUCCCCGGUCCCCCUGGUCCUCUUUCGGUUCCUCUUCCUAGCUCUCUCUUUUCCUAAUUUUUUUUUUAAGAAUUGUCGUUUGUUUUUCCUGGUCCCGGCUUCCUUCUACCACUGUAUUUUUUGUUAGGGUUGCUUCUCUAUUUAUUGACAGUAAUAAUGUACAUUUCACAGUCUGGUUCUGGGACAGCCAGGAGGGGUGUGGGGGGCUGCAUACAGCUUGCUGCACUCUCCGGUGUCCUGUUGUAUCUCUGUGUACGUGAUGCUUGUGACAUAGCUGUUGAAGAAAUAUUAAAAGGUCAAUGCGUACAGCAGGUGUAGAGAGUCCGUCAGUUCCGCUUCAUCACUUUUUUUUUUUGUGCCCAGAAGAAUAUAAUAAAGCUCCUUUCUAAUGUACUUGUGCUGGAGAACACUUGAAUAAAUGGACUGUUUUUGUGCAAAAAGAAAAACGGAAAAAAAAAAAGCACCGUCAUAAUGUCCUUUUGUCCUGCGACUCCUUUCCCCUGAUGUGACCACUCACAGUCCUCCAGUGGGCUGAAGUGGGUGCAGUUUAUGUUGGGAGGGUCUGGGAAAUGGAUUUCUAAAGUAUCUCUCAUAUGGGUGUUAACUAGGGGUUGGGACCCAAGGGCAGAGGGAGUUUGGUUCAAGAUCAAAGACAGGUUAGACUAAGGUGAAGUUGUCUAGUUGAUUUCCAAAACCAGCAGAUUCUUGAGACCAGAGCAGGCAACAGAUUGGCAUCCUGGCUAGCUGGCAGUAGGACCAGCAGGGACUUAUGGAUCCCAGAGUCCAGAAGGAAGAAGUCAGGAAAGGAGGGAGGCAGCUGGGGCUGGAGGAAUCCUGGAAGAACCUUGUGUUUAAAGGAGAUAUUUGCAAACACUUGACAGGUGACCCAAGGGCUGGGACCAGCUGCCAAUAGGGCUACUGCUAGUCUAAGCAUAGGCUGCCUGGCAGGGCCUUGCAGCCUGAGGAGUUGCCCACCGUGUCUCUGUCAUACCUGUCUAGAAGGGCCGUCUGAGUGCAGGGUCGGUCUGUCCUGCAUAUCUCCGGGAGUAGCCAGCAGGCUUGGCCUGGGGUUCCACUCCUAAGGACUGUCCACCCGUUUCUUCCAGCAAACUUUCUGGACGGUUGUAUAGGGGAGAUAUGGUGUGGCGAUCCUUGAGCAGACUGGGAAAGUUUGGCUAAACAGGUUUUCUCAUGGGCACUUUUUCUUGCUUUUUCUUUGACAAGGUUGUAAAUGUAUAUUUGGCUUUUACUCUACUUUUUUUCUUGAUGUUUUUCAAUGUUGAUGUGGAAUCUUACUUUCAAAUGGCUGCAUGGCAUUUUCUUGUUGAAUGUUUGUUUAUAUAUAUUUUAUUUUCGC